CUUCAAUUAAAGUUGACGUCACGGGCUGCCACAAAAAUAAAUAGUUCAUUCAAUUGCAUAUGCGAUUAAUUUAAAUGUCUAGAUUCUUAAAGCAACUGUUGUGUAUAGUGCAAUAAUAUUGAUGUUGCAUCAACAGGAUUAAUUUCAAUUAAACUGAUACUGUUGAUUCAACAUCAUUUUUUUUCCCGUGUACUUAUUGUAAUAUUGGUAUCUUGCUAUUAGAUGUGCAAGAUACAAUUAUUGUAUAUACUUUAAUCGUAGUAAAGGAUUUGUCGAUCCAUACAGCCAAGAAAAAGAUUAAUGUGCGCAAAAAAUUCAAUUUUAACGAUAAAACAGACCCACUUUACCGUUUGUUCAGAUAUUGUGUAUUAAAUGUUACUCAUAACGAGACACUUUGCGAAACAACGUUGACGCCUAGAUUUACUUUUGUGUUAUCGUUAGUGUAACUGAGGGAGAUUGCUGUGUAAACUUGGUGACAAACGAACUUUAUAUAAGUACGGCGAACAUUUUUACGUCAGGUCUUUCGUUCGAAAUCCCCGACGGUCGUUAUGGGAUCGCGCGCAAUUGCGUUCUCGCUUUCUGUGACGUGCUAUCUGUUUUGCAUUUCAGACAGACAUGCGUCCGGUAGCGUGCUCGCGAGAGUUCUCUUCACGUCGAUUGAUGACACUUCUCAACCGGACGCUGCGACGAUCAAAACGGAAACUGAUGCGCGAGCCGCGGAAUCGAUCGAUGAAGAAACGAGACUCGAUGGAAAUUUCGUUUUCUCUCAGACGAAUCUUCACACGCGACCAGAGUUAAAAAUCUCUUAUGAUUCUUCGCUUGCGAAAGAUCGAUCAGCGAGAAGUUGGACCGAUCACGAAAAUACGCGCGCGAGAUGUUCGAGGUAUUGCGUGGAACACCUGGAAAGUGGCGAUCAUUUUCAAGAUGUCUCACUCUUGUCGUCAUUCGUCGAUCAAGGAGAUAACUUUUCAAUAGAAAAUAGAUCUGAUCUAAGAAAUUCGACAAUACUAAGCAUAUCUAAUGACGACGAAACUUUAAUAAAUUUAGACAACUGUAAGAUUUAUUUUAUUUUGGAUUGUAACAUUGUGAAGAAAAAUACACAGCCGAGUAUAUAUAGCCAGGAAGAUGAAUAUUAUACAAAUUUAGAAACGCACACAGAGCGUGAAAAUGUGACGAACUCUUUUGUGAAUAUUACUCCGGAAUUUUCAAUCAAACUGGCGCAUAGUGAAGCGAAUCUGAGCGGACGUACUGAAACUAAUUUGAACGUAGACACUAACGUAACGAGAAUUGUAAUUAGAACUUUUGGAAAUCUUACGCGCAUUGUUCUUACUGUGUCUGCAACUAACGGGACGACGCGACAGCCAGAAAUACCGAUGUCGUUGACGUACAUGUACACUGCGAAAGGGGUGGUUAUCGGCGCGCGCAACCUUCCACCGGGCAGAUUGUGCGCGAAGCUAACAGGGGUGGAAAAUUCAAAAUAUAGCAUCGACGUGAUUACCUAUCUCGGAGUAAACGAGGAAAUUAAUAAAACAAAACACGACAGAAACGUCGACAACGAGCCUGAAUUCAACAACACCAAAGAGGAAAAUGCUGACAACGAAAGAGCCGAUAAUCUCGGCACCAAGUUUGCAAAACUCAUAUCCGAGAGAUCGGUAGAAAUCACGGAUUCGAGAAUUAACGACGAUGAUGUAAUAACAAACGAUUCGUUCGAAAAAGAUACGUUAAUCUCUUCCGCCGAGUCUGCUCUGAUAAACAUAAAUAAUCCUUCUAUUUUGGAAACUAAAUCUUUGCUAAGCUCCUACGGUGAUGUUAAAUUUUUAGGAGGAGAUACAAGUAACAAAAUGUUCAACGAAGAACUAAUUGACCCGAAACAAUUGCAGACAAUUCAAGCGCGGUCAUCAGAAGUAGCAUCGUUGAACGAAAAUAUCGACACGAAUAUCAUCGAUAAUACAAAUUUGUCGAAGAAAGUAAUAAACAAAGAUCGAGAAUUGUCAGCACAAUUUGCCGCAAACGACAAAGAGUUGUUCGAACAGUUGUCCGAGAGAAGAAACGUGAUAGAAGUAAACUCCAAGAGCAGUUUGAUCGCUACGCCAGGAACGACACACAGAUUGGUUUUUGAUGUAACAAAUAAUUGCUUCCUGCCCGUCAGAUACGCAAUACGAGCAAAAAGCGCACCAUUUCGAAUAUAUAACGUUUUACCUACGUACUUAUGGUUACGUCCAGGACAAACGAGUUACGUAACAGUGGAUAUGAUUGUUCCGCUAGGGACCCAGAAUUCUAUCAAUACGCUCACACUGUCUAUCGAUGAGACGCAAAUAUCGCAGAAAACGGUUUAUGUUUACGUUCAAGAUUCAUUUAGGGACAUUGAUGAUGCCAAACCUACAAUCGAAUACUCGUUCAACAGCAACUGUGCGGGAAAAUUAAACAAGGAUCGUUGCGAUAAAACGUUUUGGAGCGCAGACGUUGUUGUUCAAGAUUCCGAUUCAGGUUUGAAGCGCGUACUAUCGACUCCAAAUCGAAUAUACCCACGCACCGAGUUUAUAAGUGGCACAAAAGAGCGAAUAACAUUUUAUUAUUCGUCUUCGUGUUGCUCGACGUCAGCUAAAAUCACAGCUAUAGAUGUUUUUGACAACCAAUACAUUCGAACUAUCGAUGUAACAGAAUGGGACAAUCUAUCGCAAGGAGAAAUAGCAGCGAUCUCAGUUGGUGCAUUGCUGCUUCUUCUACUUCUUAUUCUUCUAAUAAUUGGGAUAAUAUAUUGUGUUCGCAGAAGAAGUAGUCACGACUUGUCUUAUUCACAAAGAUACGGUGGUUCUAGACCACGCGAGUCUCGACCCGAGAGAACAAGUUUCUAAGCAAUUUUAUAUUUAUAAAAACUCUCUUCUUCAACAUUUACAACAUUAUUUAUAAGAAUACUAAGUUAUACGCGUUAAAUCUCUCCAGAAAUAUGUGUGUAAAUAAAGUGUCUGCAUAUAUAUACAAUAUAACGUGUGUCCCCACAUUUAUAUUAUGUCCCACAUCUGUAAUAUCAAUAUUAACAGCAGAUUCCUCUCCCUCUCUCUCUCUCUAAGUUUAUUUUGAGAUAAAAAUUUUAAUAGAUACCAAAAUGUAAGAACAAUGAAAAUUUUUGAAUUAUAGUUUACCCAAAAGCAAAAUUAAG